AUCCUUCCCUUAGUUAUGCUAAUCUUAUUAACACAUGUAAUCAACCCACUAGCCUACAUCGUCCCCGUCCUACUAGCAGUAGCUUUCCUAACUCUCAUCGAACGAAAAGUCCUAGGAUAUAUACAACUACGAAAAGGUCCAAACAUUGUAGGACCCUAUGGACUUCUACAGCCUAUCGCAGAUGGAGUUAAACUAUUCAUUAAAGAACCAAUCCGCCCUUCCACCUCUUCCCCCUUUUUAUUUUUAGCCACACCAAUAUUGGCUUUAACCCUUGCUCUUACCCUUUGAGCACCAAUGCCAAUCCCUUAUCCAGUAAUUGACCUAAACCUAGGCAUCCUAUUUAUCCUCGCCAUCUCCAGCCUUGCUGUUUACUCUAUUCUAGGCUCAGGAUGAGCAUCCAAUUCCAAAUACGCACUAAUUGGAGCCCUACGGGCCGUAGCCCAAACCAUCUCAUAUGAAGUAAGCCUAGGCCUAAUCCUACUAUCAAUCAUCGUACUCACAGGAGGCUUCACACUACAAAUAUUCAACACCACCCAAGAAGCCACCUGACUUCUACUACCAGCCUGGCCACUAGCCGCUAUAUGAUACAUCUCCACCCUAGCAGAGACUAACCGAGCCCCUUUUGACCUCACAGAAGGAGAGUCAGAACUAGUUUCAGGCUUUAAUGUAGAAUAUGCUGGAGGGCCUUUCGCACUGUUUUUCCUAGCCGAAUAUGCCAACAUCCUACUAAUAAACACUCUUUCAGCCAUCUUAUUCUUAGGGGCAUCCCACAUCCCAACAAUACCAGAACUGACUUCUACUAACAUUAUAACAAAAGCUGCCCUUCUAUCCAUAUUAUUCCUGUGAGUCCGGGCCUCUUAUCCGCGAUUCCGAUAUGACCAGCUUAUACAUCUCGUAUGAAAAAAUUUCCUGCCCCUCACACUGGCGCUAAUUCUACUACAUGUUGCCCUACCAAUCGCAUUCGCAGGACUCCCCCCUCAACUAUAGCACUAUAAGGAGCUGUGCCUGAAUGCCAAAGGACCACUUUGAUAGAGUGACUUAUGGAGGCUAAAAUCCUCCCGGCUCCUUAGAAAGAAAGGACUCGAACCCAUAUUCUGGAGAUCAAAACUCCAAGUGUUUCCACUACACCACUUUCUAGUAAGAUCAGCUAAAUUAAGCUUUUGGGCCCAUACCCCAAAAAUGUAGGUUAAACUCCUUCUCUUACUAAUGAACCCUUACAUUCUAGCAAUCUUCCUUUCAAGUUUAGGCCUUGGCACAACCCUCACCUUUGCCAGCUCCCACUGACUGCUAGCCUGAAUAGGACUUGAAAUCAAUACCCUAGCCAUCCUUCCCCUCAUAGCCCAACAACAUCACCCCCGAGCAGUAGAAGCCACAACCAAAUAUUUCCUUGCCCAAGCAACCGCAGCAGCAACCAUUCUAUUUGCAAGCACCACAAAUGCCUGAAUUAUAGGAGAAUGAAAUAUUAACCAUCUCUCUCACCCUAUCGCAGUUACAAUUGUUACAAUAGCCCUAGCACUAAAAGUAGGCCUGGCCCCUAUACACUUCUGAAUACCAGCAGUAUUACAAGGACUAGACCUUACGACAGGACUAAUCAUAGCCACCUGACAAAAACUAGCACCAUUCGCACUACUAAUCCAAAUUGCCCCAUUUUCACCCCCAGCUUUACUAACUACCCUAGGCCUAUUAUCAACCCUUGUAGGAGGAUGAGGGGGACUAAACCAAACCCAACUACGAAAAAUUUUAGCUUACUCAUCAAUUGCACACCUAGGAUGAAUAAUUGUUAUCCUACAAUUUAUACCCCAACUCACCCUACUAACACUAGGCAUUUACAUUGCCAUAACAAGCGCAACCUUCCUGACAUUCAAAUUUAUAUCAACAACAAAAAUCAAUACAUUAGCAUUAGCCUGAACCAAAACGCCAACCAUCACAACAACAGCAGCCCUAAUUCUCCUAUCACUAGGGGGUCUCCCCCCUAUGACCGGAUUCAUACCAAAAUGAUUGAUCCUACAAGAAAUGACAAAACAAGGCCUCCCCCUAACCGCAACCAUCCUUGCCCUUAGCGCCCUCCUAAGCCUAUAUUUUUACCUGCGCCUCUGCUAUGCAAUAACCUUAACAAUUUCACCUAAUACAAACAAUGCCACAACCCCCUGACGCUUGCCAAACACCCAAACAAGCCUUCCCCUAGCUAUUCUCACAACUGCAGCCCUCACAUUACUUCCCCUCACCCCAGCAACCCAGGCACUAAUCCACUAGGGAUUUAGGAUAACCCAGACCAAUAGCCUUCAAAGCUUUAAGCAGGAGUGAAAAUCUCCUAAUCCAUGAAUAAGACUUGCAGGACUUUAUCCCACAUCUUCUGAAUGCAACCCAGACACUUUAAUUAAGCUAAAGCCUUUCUAGAUGAGAAGGCCUCGAUCCUACAAUAUCUUAGUUAACAGCUAAGCGCUCAAACCAGCGAGCAUUCAUCUAUCUUUCCCCGCCGUCUAGGGCAGCAAGGCGGGGAAAGCCCCGGCGGGGAAUUAGCCUGCGUCUUUGGAUUUGCAAUCCAAUAUGUUAUACACCACGGAGCUUUGAUAGGAAGAGGACUUGAACCUCUGUUUAUGGCGCUACAAACCACCGCCUAACCCUCGGCCAUCCUACCUGUGACGAUCACACGCUGAUUUUUCUCCACUAACCACAAAGACAUUGGCACCCUCUACCUUGUGUUUGGUGCCUGAGCCGGUAUAGUUGGUACCGCCCUUAGCUUAUUAAUUCGAGCAGAGUUAAGCCAACCCGGAGCCUUGCUAGGCGACGACCAGAUUUAUAAUGUUAUUGUUACCGCACACGCCUUCGUAAUAAUUUUCUUUAUAGUAAUACCAAUUAUGAUUGGAGGGUUCGGAAAUUGACUAGUUCCUCUUAUGAUUGGAGCACCAGACAUAGCAUUCCCCCGAAUAAACAACAUAAGUUUUUGACUUCUUCCCCCUUCCUUUCUUCUCCUGCUAGCCUCUUCUGGGGUAGAAGCAGGGGCAGGUACAGGAUGAACAGUAUACCCCCCUCUUGCUGGUAACCUUGCCCACGCGGGGGCCUCUGUUGAUUUGACUAUCUUCUCCCUACACCUGGCCGGUGUCUCUUCGAUCCUAGGGGCAAUCAAUUUUAUUACAACAAUUAUCAAUAUGAAACCGCCAGCCAUUUCACAGUACCAAACACCCCUAUUUGUCUGAGCAGUCCUAAUUACAGCCGUUCUGCUACUGCUGGCGCUCCCUGUUUUAGCUGCAGGAAUUACAAUACUAUUAACAGACCGUAAUCUAAACACUACCUUCUUUGACCCCGCAGGGGGAGGAGAUCCAAUUCUAUACCAACAUCUGUUUUGAUUCUUUGGGCAUCCAGAAGUUUAUAUUCUAAUUUUACCAGGCUUUGGAAUGAUCUCCCACAUUGUAGCCUACUAUGCCGGUAAAAAAGAACCAUUCGGCUACAUAGGUAUAGUAUGAGCUAUAAUGGCUAUUGGACUACUAGGCUUUAUCGUGUGAGCUCAUCACAUAUUUACAGUAGGAAUGGACGUAGACACACGAGCAUAUUUUACAUCCGCCACAAUAAUUAUUGCAAUUCCUACCGGAGUAAAAGUCUUUAGUUGACUAGCCACUCUUCACGGCGGAUCAAUUAAAUGAGAAACCCCCCUUCUAUGAGCCCUAGGAUUUAUUUUCCUCUUUACAGUAGGAGGCCUGACAGGGAUUGUAUUAGCCAAUUCUUCCAUCGAUAUUGUUCUGCAUGACACCUAUUAUGUAGUAGCCCACUUCCAUUACGUUUUAUCAAUGGGUGCUGUCUUCGCCAUUAUAGGAGCCUUCGUACAUUGAUUUCCCUUAUUUACAGGAUAUACACUACACAGCACCUGAACAAAAAUCCAUUUUGGAGUAAUGUUUGUGGGAGUUAACCUCACCUUCUUCCCACAACACUUCCUAGGAUUAGCAGGAAUGCCACGACGUUAUUCAGACUACCCAGAUGCCUACACCCUUUGAAAUACCGUCUCCUCAAUUGGCUCCCUAAUGUCUUUAGUAGCAGUAAUUAUAUUCCUGUUUAUCUUAUGAGAAGCAUUCGCUGCUAAACGAGAAGUAUUAGCUGUUGAACUAACCGCCACCAAUGUAGAAUGACUACAUGGAUGUCCCCCUCCUUACCACACGUUUGAAGAGCCCGCAUUUGUGCAAGUCCAAUCAAACUAACGAGAAAGGAAGGAAUUGAACCCCCGUAAACUAGUUUCAAGCCAGUCACAUAACCACUCUGUCACUUUCUUCUAUGAGAUGCUAGUAAAACGGAAUUACACUGCCUUGUCGAGGCAGAAUUGCAGGUUAAAACCCUGCGUAUCUUAAGCCUCACGGCUUAAUGGCACAUCCCUCACAACUAGGAUUCCAAGACGCGGCCUCGCCUGUAAUAGAAGAACUUCUACAUUUCCACGACCAUGCUCUAAUAAUUGUAUUCCUAAUUAGCACCUUGGUCUUAUAUAUUAUUGUUGUAAUGGUUUCUACAAAACUUACUAAUAAAUACAUCUUAGACUCCCAAGAAAUCGAAAUCGUUUGAACAAUUCUCCCAGCAGUAAUUCUAGUGUUAAUUGCACUUCCUUCUCUCCGAAUCCUGUACCUAAUAGAUGAAGUCAACGACCCCCAUCUAACAGUAAAAGCCAUAGGCCAUCAAUGAUACUGGAGCUACGAAUAUACAGACUAUGAAGAUCUAGCCUUCGACUCAUAUAUGGUACCAACCCAAGACCUGGCUCCAGGACAAUUUCGCCUGCUCGAAACAGACCAUCGCAUGGUAAUCCCAAUAGAAUCACCAGUCCGAGUGCUAGUAUCAGCCGAAGAUGUAAUUCACUCUUGAGCCGUCCCUGCCCUAGGCGUUAAGAUAGAUGCUAUCCCAGGACGCCUAAACCAAACAGCCUUUAUUGCCUCUCGUCCCGGAGUAUUCUACGGACAAUGCUCUGAGAUCUGUGGAGCCAAUCACAGCUUUAUGCCAAUCGUAGUAGAAGCCGUCCCGCUAGAACACUUUGAAAACUGAUCCUCCCUUAUGCUUGAAGACGCCUCACUGGGAAGCUAAACUGGGAUUAGCGUUAGCCUUUUAAGCUAAAAAUUGGUGACUCCCAACCACCCCUAGUGAUAUGCCACAAUUAAAUCCAGCCCCUUGAUUCGCUAUUCUAGUAUUCUCAUGACUUGUCUUCCUGACAGUAAUUCCAAACAAAGUAUUAAACCACACCUUCCCAAAUGAACUAACAACCAUUGAUGCCCAAGACCUCAAAACGACAACCUGAAACUGACCAUGGCACUAAACCUGUUUGAUCAAUUUAUGAGCCCCUCAUACCUAGGUAUCCCCCUAAUUGCAAUCGCACUCACACUUCCAUGAAUUCUUGUUCCUUCGCCCUCAAAACGAUGACAAGACAACCGCCUAGUUACACUACAAAAUUGAUUUAUUAAAACUUUUACACAACAACUACUCACGCCCCUAAAUCCCGGAGGACACAAAUGAGCCCUUAUUUUAACAUCCCUAAUAAUUUUCCUCUUAACCCUUAACAUCCUUGGGCUCCUUCCUUAUACCUUCACCCCAACAACUCAACUUUCCCUAAACAUAGGCCUAGCCGUACCAUUCUGACUUGCCACAGUAAUUAUUGGACUACGAAACCAGCCCACUGCAGCCCUAGGACACCUUCUACCAGAAGGAACCCCCAUCCUACUUAUCCCUAUCCUAAUUAUUAUCGAAACUAUCAGCUUAUUUAUUCGACCUUUGGCCUUAGGAGUACGACUAACAGCUAAUCUAACAGCUGGUCAUCUAUUGAUUCAACUUAUCUCCACAGCAACCUUUGUACUAUUACCAAUAACAGCAACAGCAGCCAUCUUUACCGCCACUCUUCUAGCCCUUCUUACCCUACUAGAGGUAGCAGUAGCUAUAAUUCAAGCUUAUGUAUUUGUUCUACUACUAAGCCUUUACUUACAAGAAAACGUCUAAUGGCCCACCAAGCACACGCAUAUCACAUGGUUGACCCAAGUCCAUGGCCUCUAACAGGCGCAGUAGCUGCUCUCCUAAUGACAUCAGGCCUUGCUAUCUGAUUUCACUUCCACUCAACCACAUUAAUAACACUAGGUUUAAUUCUGCUACUACUCACAAUGUAUCAAUGAUGACGGGAUAUUAUCCGAGAAGGAACCUUCCAAGGACAUCAUACACCUCCGGUCCAAAAAGGCCUACGAUACGGAAUAAUCUUAUUUAUCACAUCUGAAGUCUUCUUCUUUCUUGGAUUCUUCUGAGCUUUCUACCACGCCAGCCUUGCCCCAACCCCAGAACUCGGAGGAUGCUGACCUCCAACAGGUAUUGUUACCUUAGACCCUUUCGAAGUCCCUCUACUUAAUACUGCGGUCCUACUAGCAUCAGGCGUAACAGUAACCUGGGCCCACCACAGCCUUAUAGAAGGAGGACGAAAACAAGCCAUCCAAUCUCUUACCCUAACCAUUCUCCUGGGAUUCUACUUCACUGCCCUCCAAGCCAUAGAAUACUAUGAAGCCCCUUUUACAAUUGCAGACGGCGUUUAUGGCUCAACAUUCUUUGUAGCAACAGGUUUCCACGGACUACACGUUAUUAUUGGCUCUACCUUCCUUGCAGUAUGCCUACUCCGACAAAUCCUAUUCCAUUUUACAUCAGAACAUCACUUUGGAUUUGAAGCAGCUGCCUGAUACUGACACUUCGUAGACGUCGUGUGACUAUUCCUAUACGUCUCCAUCUACUGAUGAGGAUCUUA